AACGUGGGCUGGUAAAUAUACCAAGUAUGGGUAAAGCUUAUACAAAGGAUACUGUGGAAACUACAUCGUUAAGUAAAAGUUGUGAGAUGUUUAAACCAAAAGUUCAAUCAUUUCGUUUCAACGUUCGUGUUCUGUUGGUCGGCUUCUUUAUUUUUGUACUGAUUGCUUCGAUGGUUCAACCAAGUUCGGCCGGGCGCAAUCGAGGCAGAAACCCGCGGAGGAAGCAAAAUUCCCCGAGCCGUGGCAGCGACGCCACAACCUCCGCAAGCGAAAGAGGAAAUGGGGAUGCCAGCCCAACUGAAGGCGCCGAAGCAGCAGGGGAAGCUACACCCCGGUCUUCGCGUCGCUCCAGAAAGCACAAGAAGAAUCAUAAUAUACUAAAAACCAGCGCCAAGGCCAAAACUAUUACCGAGCGAAAGUACUUGAAACGAGACUGGUGCAAAUCCCAACCUGUGCGCCAAUAUAUCCGCACUGCAGAUGGUUGUAAAGGAGAACUAAUUAACCAGUUCUGUUACGGGCAAUGUAACUCGUUUUAUAUCCCAAAGGAUAUCGAAAUCGACGAACGAGAUGGGGAAAUCGAAACCGAUUAUUUCCGAUUCUGCGCCUUCUGCAAACCGAAGACCGAGGAAUGGAUUUCGGUUCGGUUGAGAUGUCGAAGAAAAGGCCGAAAGAAGAGAGGACGGUACGUCAUAAAACGUGUGAAGAGAGUGAAGGGGUGCACCUGCAUCUCAGUACCUGAGCAACGGAUGAUGUUAACCGCCGCACCAACUGUAAUCGGUGAAACGGUCGCCAAUACGAACUCAACCUCAGCGUCGGAAAGUCGGUAGCCCAGCAAACAACAAAGGACGUUAUAGGUCUGUUACGUCUGGCUCCACCUGGGGAUCUUCGAGGCCGCAGUGUCGCGCGAUGUGGUGAUCAAAUGCGGCGAACGAAAAAGCGAAUAACUGGAAUCGCUAUUCGAAACAAACCCGCUUCUGUUCUUUAUUUCGUUUCAUUUAUUUAAGCGUUAUUUUUUUCAUGUGUGAUUUUAUCACUUUGGUUCAUAUUCGUGUAAAUUAUCCGCUAAGUUCCCAUGGUAAACUAUCAAGUGUUUCACUUGAAUGUCACCGAUAUGUAUUUCCUUUUUUCUAAAACGUAGCUUAGCUGUAGCAUUUAACGGGGUCUCUAUUUAUUUGUCAACUCCACGGUUGAGUGCGCAUGACUGCCACACUGACAACAAAUCCCUGAAACCUCAGAUUGGAAACUUUUGGCACGAAUUCAAGCAACAGUCUCAUAAAAUCGCUUAGUGGCGAAAUAGUUUCGUUGGAUUUACAGCAAACUCCCCGAGUUCCCACGGCUCUUCCCAGCACUUAUGCCGUCAAGAGCGUUCACUCUGUCACCGAGUUUCACAUGGAAACAAUCCGAGUCAAAACAAUUAACGAAAAUGUUCUUUUUUAUCGUCAUGUAAAACCGCUACUCACAAGCGAGUAGUUUUUUAAAUCUUAUCUUUCUUUGUUUUUACUUUUGAAAAAGUUGUUGCGCCAAAA